CACCACACUUGCUAGUACACAGCACACACACAAGCAGCUAGCUUCCGGCAAGGCUCAAGAGGUUCAAUGGACGCGGGUGUCAAGACGGCGAGCUCGAAGAAGGAGUCCCCGGCGAGGAGGCGGGCGCAGGAGUACUACGAGUGCUGCUUCUGCAAGAGGGGCUUCACCAACGCGCAGGCGCUCGGCGGCCACAUGAACAUCCACCGCAAGGAGCGCAGCGACGGCGCUGCGCCGUCGGCUGCGGACGCUCAGCACGAGGAUGUUGGCGGUGCCAGUGGCUCGCGGCCGGAAGGUGCGGAUCAAGUGCAGCUGGACCUCACCCUUGGCAGGAGCGAGGUCGUGGACUUGGAGCUCAGGCUCUGGCACUAGCAUCUCUCGUCAAGAUUUAACCAGUCAAGGGCUAAGCUAUAUUUGUUGAUUGUUGGUCGGUCAGUGUAGUGGAGGGUCGUCGCGUUCUUGGUUUGUUGCCUUGGAUUUGGUUUGCUACCAUGUAUAUAAUUCCAUGUUUGUUACACUAUAAGAAAGUAAUUUGUAUCAUAUAUACAAAAAUAUAUA